AUGAGUGAUUAAGAAAGUGAGAAUGAUCAAAGUAAUAGAUAAUCUGGUAGAUUACGAGAUAAGCAAAAGAGAAAGUACUUGAUGUUAGAUGCAUAAGUAGGUACAACAUGAUGAAUGAAGAAAACUAUCAAUAGGAGUAAAUUGAAAUAGGAAAUGAAAGAAGAUCAGCUAGAGUGAUUAAGAAGAAUUAUAUCAGCACAUAAAGUGAGGAGGAAGAGUCUGUAAAUGAACCAGUCAUAGAAACAGAAGUGAAGCGUAUUUUCAUUCCAGAGAUUGAUCAAAUUUUAUGGAGAAAAAUAGACUAAGACACAGCUUAAAUCUAAUAUUUGAUUAAAUUUAAGAAUAGAAGUUAUUUACAUACAGAAUGGCUAGAUGAAGAAAGAGUAAUAUUCAAUUUAUUAAAUAUCUUCAGAUCCUUGAAGAAAAGAAUGGCAAACAGAAAAUUAAUAGAUUUAACAAAGUUUUUGAGAAGCGAAUAUAGGAGGAAAUAGAUGACUUUAUAGAAGAUUAAUAUUUUGAUCCUGCAUUUUAAGAAGUUGAUCGUAUAUUGUCAUGCACAGAAAUAUUUCCUAUUGUUCAUCCAAAAAAGGGAUCUGAAAUGAUAGGAAAAUGGCCAUAAUCACUUACUAAAGUUAUGUCUCAUUUACUUAAUUUUACAAGAGAUCAGAUUCAUUAUGGUAUAUACUUUUUAGAAUGUAAAACACUCCUUAAUUUUGGAACCAUUAAUAAUCGUCUUUAUUUAGGAUAUUACAAAAUUUAUGAUGAUUUCUGGUAUGAAUUAGGAUCUGUCUUUAAAAGUGCUAAUUAAGAAUGGUUAGAAGGAACAGAUAUGUAUAGAAUUACUAAUACUCUUAAAGAAUGUGCAAUUGUAUUAUAUGAUCUUUGGUAUGAUGAAGCCAUAUUAAAUUAUUAAUCUAAAUUACAAUAAUAAAGGUAUAUCAAUGAAAAAGCAUACAAAGAAAAAAUCAAUAAUGAACACAGACUUGACAUCAUGCCAGAACUAAAAAAAGAAAAAAUCAAUGAAUUAGUUACCAAAGUUUUAAAUAUUAUUGAUGAAAAAUAGUACACCAUUUAAGAAAAUCUUUUAGAUAUAGAAUUUAUUUUGUAAAAAGAACUAAAUAUUUAAUUGCAAAUUUGUAAUGAAGAAGACUUUGAUUUAGAAGAUUAUUUGAAGAAAUAACUUGAAAUUAAAGAUAUUGAUGUUGCUUAAGAGAUGCAAUUAGAAAUGUAAGAUUUUUAAUCAUAAAUGGAUGCUGUUGAUCCAGAUAUUGAAUCCUGGAAUCCAGGAUAAAAAUGUUAUGAUUGGAUUCAUGUAUCAUCACUUGAAAUAUAAAAUCUUACAAAAGAGGAAAUUUACAAUCUAUCAUAAGAACCUGAUAAACUCUAUUUUGUUAAAUGGAAACAUCUAUCAUAUUUAGAAGCUACAUGGGAACCAGAAUCUCUUAUUGAUUGCAGAUUAAAGAUUUAAGAAUUUAAAUAAUUUAAUAGAAGUUUGGAUAAAGAAACAAGAAAUUUAAUGAUGCAAUAAUAUAAAAAUCAUUAAACUUUAGUAGAAUAUGAUUAAGGUAUUAGAAAAAAGAAAUUUUCUAAUAUCCAACUAUAAGAAAUCAAAUCAUCAUUAUAUUUUCUUAAUUAACAAAAACCUGCUCAUGAAUAUACUUAACUUACAUAAACAAUUUAUAAGGAUAAAAGAUUAUUAAGAGAUUAUCAACUUGAUAGUUUGAAUUGGUUAAUAAGAGCUUGGUAUGAAGAUAGAAAUGUAAUAUUAGCUGAUGAAAUGGGAUUAGGUAAAACUAUUCAAACAAUUGCAUUCUUAAAUCAUUUAUAUAAUUUUGAAAAUUAUAGAGGUCCAUUCUUAAUAAUUGCUCCUUUGUCUACUCUUUAACAUUGGAAAAGAACUGUUGAAGAAUGGACAAAUCUUAAUGCUGUACUAUAUUAUGAUUAAGAAAGUAAUGCUGGUAGAUCACUUUGUAGAUAAUAUGAGUUCUUUUAUACUGAUAUAAGCAUAAAAGGUAUUUUAUUAACAGCCUCAGAAAUAUUUAAAUUUCAAAUUCUAAUUACUAGUUAUGAAGUAUUUAUGCAAGAUUUUCAAAAUGUUUUUAUCAAUAUUCCAUUUUAAUAUAUAGUUAUAGAUGAAGCACAUAGAUUAAAGAAUUCUAAUGCUAGAAUCUUACAAUCUCUAAAAAGACUUUCUUGUUAACGUACUUUACUUUUAACAGGGACACCUAUUUAAAAUAAUACUGAAGAAUUAUUUAGUUUAUUGAACUUUAUAGAACCUUAUUAAUUCUCAAAUAUUAUUAAUUUUAAAAGAGAAUAUGGAUAAUUAGAAACCUCAGAUUAAGUUGAUAAAUUAAAUGUUUUAUUAAAACCUUAUAUUUUAAGAAGAUAAAAAGAAGAUGUAGAGUAAAUGAUUCCACCACUUUAAGAGACCAUUAUUGAUAUUGAGAUGACAACAAUUUAAAAACAUAUUUAUAAAGCAUUAUAUGAUCGUAAUAAAUCAAUGUUGGAAUAAGGAUUUUCAUAAUGGGCUGCAAAUGCUGCAUCACUAAAUAAUCUUGAAAUAUAACUUAGAAAAUGUUGUAAUCAUCCUUUUUUAAUUUAAGAAAUGUAAAAUGAUUUAACAAAAAGUUGUUAAACUAGAAUUGAUUAUAUUAAUAAAUUAGUAGAAAGUUCUGGUAAAAUGAUUCUUUUAGAUAAAUUACUCAAUAAAUUUAGAAAUGAAGGUAGAAAGAUGCUAAUCUUUUCUUAAUUUACUAUGAUGUUAUAAAUAUUAGAAGAGUAUUUAAAAUUUAAAUAAGUUAAAUAUGAAAAAAUUGAUGGAUAAAUUAAAGCAAGAGAGAGAUCUAAUGCAAUAGAUAGAUUUAAUGAUCCUUCUAAAAAAAGAGAAGUGUUUUUAUUAUCUACAAAAGCAGGAGGAUAAGGAAUUAAUUUAACUGCUGCUGAAAUAGUUGUUAUUUAUGAUUCUGAUUGGAAUCCUUAAAAUGAUGUUUAAGCAACAGCAAGAGCUCAUAGAAUAGGAUAAUCAAAAGAAGUUACAGUUUAUAGAUUAAUUACAAAAGAUACAUAUGAAGCAGAGAUGUUUGAAAGAGCUAUCAAAAAAUUAGGUUUAGAUUAAGCAAUCUUUAUGAAUGGAUAAUUUAAAUAAUGUGAAAAUUCUUAUAAAACUAAUAAAAAUGAUAAAAAAAUGAGUAAAUAAGAUAUGGAAGUACUCUUAAAAAAUGGUAUUAUUGGAUUGAUAAGUAAUAAUCCAAAUGGUGAUACUUUCUAAGAAAAAAAUAUAGAUGAAAUUUUAGAGAAGAAUUCAAGAACUGCAAAAUAUUCAUUAAUUAAUGGUUCAUACACAGUAUCUAAAUAAUUAUUUGUAUCUGAGAAAACAGACAAAUCAAUAAAUAUUUAAGAUCCAAAUUUUUGGAAAAUUAUAUUAAAAAGUUCAGAAAGUAGAUGUUAAAAAUUAAUCAAAAUGUUUGAUUUACAUAUGUCAUUGUAAGAAUAAAAGAAAUAUUUAGAAGAAGUUGGAGAUUGUGUUAAUUAAUUAAUAGAAUCAAAAUUAAGUUAAUCUAAUUAUAGUACUGAUGAUGAAUAAAUAUUAAUAGAAUUGUUAAAUAAAAUCAAUUCCUCUAAUUAUGCAAAAAAUUACAGAGAACUUGCUAUGAAUUGGAUAUAUGAAUUAAGCAAACCUUCAAGAAGAAUUAAAAAAAUAACAGAUAUAGAUUUAGGUAGAAAAUAAUAAAGAACCUUAGAAGUUUAAGGAGAAGAUGCAAGAAGAUUAGCAUCAAAAAGUAAGGAAGAAUUAAUUAAAAAAUUAUGUUAUGUUUGUGAAAGAUCAAACUGUUCUGUUUUUUGUAUGGGUCAUUGUAGAAGAGCUUUUCAUGAAUCAUGUAAAGAACUAUUGGAGACAUCAGAAUUUAUUAACAUUGAAGGUCCUGAUUAAGAUUUUCUUAAUAAUCAUACCUUUCCUGAAUUAAACUGGAGUGAUGAAUAAUUAAAGGAAAACAUUAACAUUCGAUAUUCUUGUCCUGAUUGUAGAAAUAAUCUUGUAGUUUGUUUACUUUGUAAAAUGAAAGGAACCUACCCUCCAGAAAAGAAAUCAAAAGAAGAAAUUUUAAUUUAAGCAGACGAAUUCGAUCCAUUUUAUGAUAAUGUAAAAAAAACUAAGAGUAAAUCGUUUAUUUCUAAAUGUUCUACUGCUAAUUGUAAUAGAUAUUUUCAUCUUACCUGUAUAUAAGGUAAUCCCUUAUCAAAAACACUGGAUACUAAUGCAGAUUUAUUUAGAUGUCCUUCUCACAUUUGUGUGUUUUGUAAAAUAAAUUCAACAAAUAUGACUACUGCAUUGAUUCAUUGUGUUAGAUGUUGUCGAUCUUUUCAUAGUAAAUGUGCUCCUCCUGAAAUCAAAAUAAAAACUUAAAAGAUUGGGAAAAAAGUUAUGAUUUGUGAUCUAUGUUUCAAACCUAAAGAAGAAAAGGUUGAACAAAGCAUGAUUGUUAAAAUACCUAUUAUAGGUUAUUAAAAGAAAUCUAAACUCUCAAAAUAAGAAUUUUAAAGUAUUGGAACUACUGCUAGAACUAGAAGAAUUUAAGAGUAAAAAUAUGUAACUCUUGAUUCUGAUAAAAGAAAGAUUGAUUCUAGCAGAAGUAAUAGUAAUGAUAAAAUAUCCAAAAAAGUCAAAAGAGAGAAACGUAAAUAAGAUAUUCAUCCUUAUUCUUAUGAAGAAUUGGGUAUAAUUCCAGUAAAAUAUUUUGAUUAUUCCAAAUAUGUUAAUGUAAAUGUAAUCUAAUUCUUAGGAUUGGUGCAGAUAUUGUGGUGCAAGAUUUGCCUCUAAUUUUACAAAAGGUCCUUGGGGUUCUAGAACUCUCUGUACAAUUCAUUAUAUUAAUUGGGGUUAGAAGAAAUCAUUAGAUUUAUCUGAUUAUCCAGAUCUACCAAAAAAUCCAAUAAAUAGAGAUGAUCAGACUGAACUUUAAUAUCUUUAAAGGUUUAUAUCAAAUAAAUUAUUUAGACAAAAAGCUAAAGAUCCUAAUUUUGACCCUAGAAAAGAACUUAACAUUUACAACGAUGAAUAGUAUUAAAUAUUCAGUAAUUACUGAUAUAUAUGGAAUUAUAUGACAG